AAAACAUUUAUUUGUUCCCUUAUGGUUGGAUAUUCUGGUUCCAUUUUGGCAAGUGAAUUGCAUGAGACGAGGGACAAGUGCGGAAGUCUUAUAUAUAUGACGAAACAGGGAAAGAACCUUCACAAGUCACCAGCGUACACAAAAAUCGUAGCCCCACGACGAGACUGCAUCCAUCAAUCGGCUUCAACUCAGCAGCAGCAUUAAUAACAUGCUUCAUCUUCGACUCAUGAAGAGCUCAUCAUCAUCACCAGAUGAAUCUGUUGACGAGUUUCUGAGGAACAAGAGGAAACACAUCAGCAGCAGCUCCGAAGAUUCGAGAGAAGGAUGGAGAAGGUUGAAGAAGGAAAGCAAGAAUGGAUCGUCAGUGUCAACCAGUCUGAAGCUGUACGAGGACCCGUGGAAGAUAAAGAAGACGCUGACGGAGAGCGAUCUGGGAAUCCUGAGCAGGCUGCUGCUGUCGGCGGACAUGGUGAAGAAUCACAUGUUGCCUAUGCUGGGGGGCGAGGACGCAAGAGCCGUAGAGAGCGAAGAAGGAGCAGAGGUUAGGGUUUUGGACAUGGACACCAAAUCCAUGCACCAGCUGAUGCUGAAGCGGUGGUCGUCUUCAAAGAGUUAUGUUCUGAUCGGCAAGUGGAGUCAGGAUUUCGUGAGGCGGAGGGAAUUGCACAAAGGUGAUGAGAUUGGCCUCUACUGGGACCCUUAUUCUUCCCUCUUUAACUUCUGUGUUCUUAAGCGCGCUAAUUGUCCGUAGUAAAAUCUUCAAAAAUCACACACCCUCUCUCUUUCAUAUAUUAGAUCCAUGCCUGCCCCUAGGAAUAAAAGUGCUUCUGUUCUGUUGCAAUAAUCAUCACUA